AUGGCGUCUCAACCCCCCAGGAGGCGAGUUCUGCCUCGAAUACAGCAAAGACACUCUACCCCCUCGGAGAACCCUCAGCAUACGUGGAAUUGCUCGGGUCACGAACUCCCUACACCCUUACCACCCUGUGAAGUCGACGAGGCCUGCUGUGAUGUGGACGACUGCACGCUAGACUGUGGGUCAGGAUGCGGCGGCUUCUUGGAUUGUGAUACUUCUACUGUCUGCUCUGCGACUCAUUGCGAGGACGACAGUUGUGAAGAUACUCACUGUGACGAUAAUCAUUGCGAAACAGAUCACUGUGAAGAGUCCAAUUGUGAAAAGCCCGACUGCGCCGAGGAUCAUUGCGAUAAUAUUGAUCCCUUGUGCUUCGACGCUCAUUGCUGUGACGGCACCGAGAGUCAAGACUGUAACUUUGAUACCUUCUUCGGGCUCAACACCCCAUUAUCGCUGGACACUGGCGUGUUCCCGUCGACGAUGGGUCAACACAAUCCCGGCCAUCCGAUGAAGGGCAUGGGGCACACCUUCCCUGGAACCUUCGAUCCGAGCCAGCAACAAACCUUCCUUCAUUCAUACCAAGCACAUGCCACCCACUGUGAGCAGGACGUGCCAAAUCACUUUGAAUGUCAUGACUUCCAGAAGGAUUGGCAGGCGAUGUUCCCGGCUCCUCCGGUUCCAACCCAAAACGAGGUCAACCCGGCAGAGGUUUUCCACAUGCUUGGGAUGUGCUCCGACUUCUCUGUGUGUCAAGACCAACAUGUACCAGGGCAGCAAACAACCUUUGAUGCCUUUGAGAAACCCAAGACCAACACCUCCCCAUUCAACUGUUAUGAUCAUGACCACCACCACCAUGUUCACGGCCACUUCAAGAACCCUAACGACUUAAACCUGCAAAGCACCCGGAAGGGUCCCCAUCGCAGUCACAAUCGUUGUCGCGCUCACCACCAUGCUCAUUCCCACCCAUACUCUCCUUACUCGCGGCAAGCUCGCUCUAGUAUCAGCUCCCACCUCCACUCCAGUCCAGGAGAGACCCCACCGCCUCUCGAUGGCGGCGCUUCGUCUAUUCUCACGACUCCUGAUUUCUCAGAGGACAACGAGUUGCAUGUCUGCAAAUGGGCACCGACGAUCCAUGGAAUCAAGGCUGUCUGUGGUGCGACAUUUGCCGACUCGGGUGCCCUUCAGGACCAUCUAAUCGCCGCUCAUAUGAGUACCGUCGAUGGAGCCAAGGGUAACGGAUACUACUGCUGCUGGGAAGGUUGCCAUCGCCCAAAUGAGCCCUUCUCGCAGAAGUCUAAGCUCCAAGGUCACUUCCUUACCCACAGCAAUUAUAAAAACUUCUCUUGCACAACGUUUGCUAGACAAGCAACGUUAGAUCGACACGAGCGCAGCCAUCGAGGUGAUAAGCCUUAUGCGUGCAAACACUGUGGCAAGUCUUUCACAGACAGCAGCGAAUUGAAAACACAUUCGCGCACUCACACAGGCGAGAAACCCUUCAAGUGCACUUGGCCAGGAUGCAACUUUACAACAGGCGACCUCACGGAGAACGAAGACAUAAAUGCCUCUUCCCCGGGUGUACCAAAAGCUUCACGCGUCCUGCGUCACCAACGAACCACACACAAACACGAAUCCUACUCGACCCUCCCAUCACCUAGCCCCGACCCCUUUACCUUGCCCUCCUAUGCUCUCGUCUAA